AUGUCUCUUGGGCGGGGACAGAACCGGCUGGCUCGGAUCGUUCCCAGUGCUCUCGGUAUCGCUCCCAGUGCCGCGCGGGGCGGGGCCGCAUUGGAACACAGCCCCCCCAGGGCAGAGCGCGGCUGCUUUUGGGUGCCGGCGCUGCCCGGGCCGGGCUGGGAGCGGAGGAGCAGCGGGAGGAAGAGUUCCUGUCUUGUCAGGCAUCAGCGGAGUCACGCCGAGGAGAGGCCCUUCUGCUGCCCCAUUUGUGCAAAGGGCUUCAAGCUCAAGUCUGUCCUCAUCACCCACCUGCACACCCACCGCGGGGAGAGGCCCUAUGAGUGUCCUGAGUGUGGGAAGAGCUUCACCCAGCACUCCACCCUGACUGCCCAUGUGAGAACCCACACGGGGGAACGGCCCUAUGAGUGUGCAGAGUGUGGGAAGGGCUUCAGGACAAGCUCUGAACUGACCAUCCACCAGAGAAAUCACACGGGGGAACGGCCCUUUGAGUGUGGGGAGUGUGGGAAAAGCUACCAGAGAAGGUGCCACCUGACCCGCCACAUGGAAAUGCACACAGGGCUGGAACGGCCCUUUGAGUGUGCAGAGUGUGGGAAGAGCUUUAGGUGGAGGUGUGAACUGAUUGUCCACCAGAGGAGCCACACGGGGGAACGGCCCUUUGAGUGUGGGGAGUGUGGGAAGAGCUUCAUGUCCAAGUCCCACCUGGUCUACCACCAGAGGAGCCACACUGGGGAGAGGCCCUACGAGUGUGAUAAAUGCAAGAAGACAUUUCCGUUCAGCACCAAUCUCAUUCUGCACCAGCAGCUUCACACAGAUGAGAGGCCCUUCCGCUGCCCUGACUGCGGGAAGGGCUUCACUCACAACUGCAGUCUCACCAGCCACCGGCACACCCACACCAGGGAGAGGCCCUAUGAGUGUUCUGAGUGUGGGAAGAGCUUCUCACAGAGGUGUACCUUGACCAGACACCAACAGAGCUACCACUAAAGGAAGCCCUGUGAGUGCCCGAAAUGCAGGAAGAGCUUUGUGUGCUGCUCCAGCUCCUUGCUGGACUCCCGGUGAUCCGUGGUGCCAGUGAUCCGUGUUGGGAAGACACCUGGCUGGGGGCUCCACUCCCAUUGGCACCUGCACACAUCCACAGCCCAGCAUCAGAAAUCCAUUCUGGAAAGCAGAUAUGUCAACUUGUGAGCCCCAGAAAAAUCUCUCUGCAUCUUCUGGUGGCAUCAAGCAGCACUGAAUGGCCUUGGAGAUCUUCUCAAUCAUAAAUGCAUCAUUUUAAUU